CCUGUGGUCAAUGUGAAUAGGGCGGCAUGAUAUUUCUUUCCAACGGCGUGAGCAGUGAGCAGCUUGCCCAAACCUUAAGCUUGGCAUUGAAGCUCCGCAUCCGCAACUUGUAAGUCGCUGCUGCGUGACGGGUCCCCAUAGACUUCAACCUCCAGACAGUUUGGUCUCAAUCAAUUGUGAUAUUGUUGCUCAGCGGUCGCAAGCAUGGCGAACCGCGAGGCGAGGUUCAGCACCGAUGUCAUUAUCGACACGACGCCUCUGCCCGAUCACAUUCCCAAGGUUAAGGAGAUUGGAGCCACGUCCGCACCCUUGAUGAGCGCCUCGUUCUUUAUCGGUGCACGAUGCCGACCAUAUAACGACGACUACAUGCAGUGCAAGACCGAAUCUUAUGGAAGGGGAGAAUUAGAUUGUAUGAAAGAGGGGAGGAAAGUGACGAGAUGUGCGGCUAGCGUACUAGACGACAUCAACAAGAACUGCCUUGAAGAGUUCCGAAUGCACUAUAAUUGUUUGGAGAAUAACAACCAUCAACUAUGGCAAUGUCGGAGGGCGGAAAGACUGAUGAAUAGAUGUGUGUUCCAGAAGAUUGGACUGGAAAAGCACAUCCCCGAUACACCGAAAGGACAGACCCCCGUACAUCUCAGAGACCAGCAAUUAUUUGCCGAUCAUUCAAAGGUCCUGCGCUCGUGGGAGAAGGAUGUGGGCAUUCGAAAAGACGGAUCACCUGCAUGAUUGUUGAGCAUUUAGGUGGCUAUGGCAUUUCAAUGACCUCAUGCUCGAGUCUCCUGGUGCGCGUUGAUCCGGAGACGGAAAGCACCAGCAGUUGAGCCAAAAUCUGUACAUAUCCUCCAUGCCUACUAUGGUAGUGGUCAUGGAAAGGCGUCAUGAAUGGAAAGUCUUUUAUCAGGAA